AUGAGCAAUCGUUUCAACCCUUUCCCAGGAGGUGCGGCAACAUGCCCCUGUCCAACAGCGCGGGUGGGAUUGAGGAGGGCUAAGGCAGUUUCACCUCUUUAUAUUGUCAUCUUUUCUCUCUCCUCAGCCUCAGAGGCUCUCGCUAUUUCUACAGGCAACUCGUUUUUGCUGGGUUUAUGCCGCACAAGCCAGGGAGCAGCAAAAGCCAGCUGCUUUCCAGGGAACAUGGAGCCGUGAGCGAGAAUGCAGUCAGCCGGGCAGGGACUUCACCAGCCAGGGCCUCAUCCCACAGUGUCCAAGCAAGGCCUCAACAGCAACUUGCCCUCAGCUGACGAGUUUCCAGCCCCUUUGCGUGGUAGCUUGCCCCAGCAGCCAGAACUGGAAUCACUCCAAAUUUGGCAACCUCGUAAUCACAGCGACUUCAGCUGCCCCAUCUGUCUCCAGACAGCUACUCUCCCGGUAGAAACCAACUGUGGACAUUUAUUCUGUGGUUCCUGUCUGAUCACAUACUGGAAACAUAGCCCCUGGUUAGCAGCAAUAACAUGCCCUCUCUGCAGACAAAAGGUGGUUCUUCUGGAUAACAUCUCUUGUGAAAAGCAACAAGAUAAGCCAAGUAAACAAAUUGUACAUGACAUUAGAGAUUACAACAAGCGUUUCUCAGGGCAACCUCGACCUUUUGCAGGUUACCUUUAUGACAUGCCGUUAUUCCUGACUCUUGCCUUGCGAGGCAUCUUCACCUGGGGUGGUCUUGUAUGGAUUUUUUUCCUAAGAGUUGCUGUUUGCUCCUUUGGAACUAUCAUAUGCUUGUCUUCUCCCUUUGACAUGAAGCCUGGGCCUCUCUGUAGGAUGCUUGGAGCAGCUGAUGACAUGGUGGUUGUUUCCCUUCUCUUAAUUUGCAUGAUAAACAUUUGUCAGCAAAUUGCAUCUAAUAGGGUAAAUAUGGCAAGUUCUGCAGCUCAGAGCACGCUGUCAGAGUCCUGA